AUGCAGAUUUUCAGGAAGACCCUGACAGGGAAGACCAUCACUCUCAAGGUUGAACCUUCAGAUACAAUAGAAAAUGUAAAGGCCAAGAUCCAAGAUAAAGAAGGAAUCCCUCCUGACCAGCAAAGACUGAUCUUUGCUGGCAAGCAACUGGAGGAUGGCCAUACUUUGUCUGACUACAACAUUCAAAAGGAGUCCAAAGUCCAUUCUUCAUCUGUGUGGAGACUUCGUGGUGGUGCUAAGAAAAGGAAGAAGUCUUACACCGCUCCCAAGAAGAACAAGCAUAAGAGAAAGAAGGCUAAGCUGGCUGUCCUGAAAUACUGUAAGGUGGAUGAAAAUGGCAAAAUCAGUCGCCUGCGUCAGGAGUGCCCUUCAGAUGAAUGCGGUGCUGGAGUUUCCACGGCCAGCCACUUUGACAGACACUAUUGUGGCAAAUGUUGUCUGAUCUAUUGUUUCAAGAAACCAAAAUAUAAGUAA